AUGAUCGAGAUGGAAAAAGAUUCCGAAGAUGAAAGACAUCAUACGGAAGAAAUUAAUUUACAACAGAUGAAGGAUCAACGUGUAAUCAAGAAGAAAAUGUUGUUGCACCUGUUUGAGAAGUAUUUAAGAGAACAUCAUUUACAUCAAAGUGCUUCUGUGUUGAUUGAGGAAAUGAAAAAACUUGAUUCGGUGUGGAAGAAUAAUGACAGAUUGAAUUCGGAAAUGGCUCUUUUAUCAACUAGCUCAAAUCUUAAUCAUGAAUGGUCAUGCUGCAUGAACGAGAUGAAUGGUAUUCACUCACCGAACGAACAAAGGGCAAGAGAGGACUUUACAUAUCUUCGUACCGUCGAAAAUAAUACAUUGUUUGAAGAAGAAAUGAUAAGGAUCGUUGAGGAAUGUGAUUUAGAUAGUUUACUGCAUGACAGCUUAUGGCAAAGAGAUUUUUCAAACCUCAAUUCGAGUCCAUCCUUGCCCAACAACGUCAACAACUUGGAACUCUCAUUAGAGGAACCAGAGCAUUUGGAAACUGUUUUGAAAUAUAUCUCGGAAUGUGUGGCUAGUAGGAGCGAGAAACCACUCGAUAAGCUAUGUCUCAUGUAUCAAAAUCUUGGAAUUUCUUCAUUUGAAUUAUUAGCGUGCAUCCAACACCUGACAGAAAAUACAUCUUCCUGUAAGCACGAGAUUUCAACUACCAUGCCCUGCGAAGAUUUUUUUGAAAACACUGCUUCUGCUUCCUUUUUGCUGUUAAAAUUAUGGCUUUCAAAAUACUACCUUAAAUAUUCACAAUUUGAAAUAUCAGGCAAGUAUAAUCACAAAAAAGUUAUUGAUGAAACCUUAAGGUUUCUUUACGGAGCAUGCUCUUGCAAAUGGAAAGAAUCUCUUAUGAAGUGGAUCUUGUAUGAGAGCGCUAAUGAGUCACACUCCACCAUCAUGAUUCAUCUUGAACAGGUACUAAUGAAAAAUAUCACAUCCAAACAAAGCAGGAGUUUCUCAAGAACUCUUCUCUCUAUUUUGGAUAUUGACGUAAAAGUAAUGACCACUCAUUUGAGUUAUAUUUUUGGCAAGUAUUUCUUGGCAAUUGAACCUCAAGAGUUAAUAGGGGCGAACUGGACCAAAAGUCGUCGAAAAUAUCUGUCUCCCAACAUUUUGGACAACAUUGACAUAUUCAAUCAUUACUCCACUUGGUUUGCCAGUUUGGUCGUCCAAGAGAACGAAAAGAGUAUGCGCGUGCAAGUGUUAGAGUAUUUGAUUAGCUUGGCUUCUUGCUGUCACAGAGUGGGCAAUUUCUAUGCUGUGUAUGUGAUCGCCUCAGCUUUAAGUAGUGGCCCUGUAGGACGAUUAAAACAAACAUUCAAUGCCCUCUCCACUGAGAGCGAAAUUGAAUACGAAAGAAUACGUACUCUCACAAGCUCAGAUAUGAACUCGGCAAACUACACCAAAGCUUUGAAAGAGGUAUUUUCAAGAGCUUCUGAGAAUCCUUCACAGUAUUGUUGCAUUCCUAACUUGGGAAAACAUUUGGGAGAGUUAACUUUGACAGAGGAAAGUGUUCAGGAUAUUGACUUCAAAAUGGAUGUAAUUUACGAAUUGAUUUCGAGUAAGAUAUUAGAUCUUCAGCGAGUGUUACUACAGUCAAUGACUUCUUUGAAAUUGGAUUGUGAUGUAUUGGCGUUCGUUCUUGAAACGAAAGGAAUUUAUGCCAACACGGAUGAAAUGAUGUUACUGAGUAAGCAAUAUGAGAUCAAUACUCCAAUGCGUUCAAAAACAUUAAGUAGUUUGACUAGUCCUAAACUUAAAUAA